AUGGCCGCCGCAAAAGGAAACUCCAAAGAACUUGAUUUCGAAACCCUGGAGCAGAAUGGAAAAAAGAGCCCCGCGUGGCAAGUCGACAACCGCAAAAAGAAAGAGACCCCCCCCACCACGUUGCAAUCCUGGCAAACCUACCAACUCCAAAGGAACACCCUCUCCACGAAGAACCAAACUUGA